UAAAUUUUUUUAGAAAAAAAUACUAACAAAAAAAUGGAGGAUUUUAAGUACUAAAACCAAAAUCUUUAUACUUUGUUCUUUGAGGGAAAAGAAAAAAAAAAAUUUAAAAGUUUUGGAAUGAGAAAUGGAUACAAUAAUAAAUCCAUUCAAAGACCAAACACAUUCAAUUCCCUUAAAGAAAUUAUUGCUUUUGAUAUUAUAUGCUUUUCUUCCUAUAAUUAUUAUUUUUCACUUAAUUGUCUAUCCUUUUCCUAUUUCAUUUUCUCAAUCUAAACAUUCACUAAACAUCAACACCUCUUCUUCAACUUCAUCUAAAGAAAUAGGAAAUGACAAUGUAGAAAUUUCAUGUGACUAUAGCAAUGGAAGUUGGGUUUAUGACAAGUUAGGUCCUUUAUACACAAAAUGUAACACAAUUAAAGAAGGCCAAGAUUGCAUGGCACAUGGAAGGCCAGAUAAUAACUAUCUUUAUUAUAGAUGGAAGCCAAAAAAUUGUGAAUUACCAAGAUUUGAUCCAAAAAAAUUUCUCCAAAUUUUCAAGAACAAGAAUAUAGCAUUUGUUGGUGAUUCAUUAGCUAGGAAUCAAUUGGAAUCAUUACUUUGUAUGUUAUCAACUUUUAGUGAUGAUCAUGAAUUAGUUUUUAGUCAUGGUGAUGAUAAUAAGUUUAGGAAAUGGUAUUUUCAUUCAUAUAAUAUGAAUGUAUCAAUAUAUUGGUCACCUUUUCUUGUUGAUGGGAUUGAAAAAUCAGAUAAGAAGAACUAUAACACAUUGUUCUUGGAUUCUAUUGAUGAGAAAUGGGGUAUGGAUUUGGACCAAAUGGAUUUGGUUGUGUUGUCUGUUGGACAUUGGUUCUUACAUUCUGCUGUUUAUUACUAUGGUGACAAAGUACUAGGUUGUCAUUAUUGUUCUGGUUUGAAUUACACUGAGGUUGGGUUCUAUGAUGUUUAUGGAAAAGCAUUUGAGACAACUUUCAAGACCAUAGUUGAAAGGAGAGGCAAGAAUAAUGUUGGAGUGGUUGUGACAACAUUUACACCAGCACAUUUUGAGGGCGAAUGGGAUAAGUAUGGGGCGUGUCCCAAGACAAAGCCUUAUGAUGUUGAGGAGAGAAAGAACCUCGAGUGGAUGGACGCGGAGAUGAGGGUAAGAGCGAUAGAGCAAGUGAGGAUCGCGAACAAGGAAGUUGCAGGUCAGAAGAGGGUAAGGUUUGAAGCAGUGGAUGUGACUAAGUUGGCGUAUUUGAGGCCGGAUGGUCAUCCUGGACCUUAUAUGCAUCCUUUUCCAUUCGCGAAAGGGAUUGAGGAACGCGUACAGAAUGACUGUGUUCAUUGGUGUUUGCCGGGGGCUAUCGAUACAUGGAACGAGAUUCUGCUGCAGGUGAUCAAGCGAAUGGAGAGGACAAUUUAGUGUAGUCACUAUAUAUGGUGAUUUUUCCACAUUUUUGUUCCCAUGGAGAGCCAAAGAAAGGGGCUAUCAAUGAAUGUUUUUGACAGUUUAUUAUCUCAGUGUGCUUCUUUUUAUGUGUUUUUUGGUACAUAAUCAUCGGAUAUCCGGAAUUCACUAGUCAGACUAAUUCAGAUUUACGCCUUGUUAAACAAUUUAUCUCAGUGUGAUGGUUCUUUC